CCUACACGUUUUUCUUUUAAAUAAAAUAAGCUGACGAGAGGACGAUAAUUUUUAUCUUUCGACCCAUGAGACGGUCACUUCCCUAGCCGCCUUCGUCAUUUCAGACUCCGGUACUAGCCCAGUUAACUUCCAAAAAAAAAAAAAAGCUACCAAAUUGGGACCGUCUCUUCUCUCCUCUCAUUGCAACUCUCUUUCCACUUUCAUGGCAGCUUCUAUCCUUCUCUCUUCUCCCUCUUUCAACAUUUACAGGAAAGGCCAACUGUCCCUAAACUUGCAUUCACAAUGCUGGCAGCAAAACAUCAACUUCAUCUCAGUAUCUCUUCAAACCCACAAACCCAACCUCAAGCUUUUCAUGAUACCUGCAAUUCCAGCUGUCACCUCCUGGUUUUCGUUGAAACCUUUUGCUGCGGUUGGCUCAUUAGGGCCACAUGUCUCGCCUCACCAAAAUAGUGGUGCUUCUGGUGUUUCAUCACAAAAUGGCUUCCACAGGUCUAAAACAUUGUUUGACAAAGCAAGUAACUCGUCGGAUGGUGUGAGUGAAUUUGAGAGACAGCUGCAAGAGUUAUUUAAUGAAGUCAAAACUUUAAUUAUGACUGGGAACAAGAAUGAUGCUGUAGACCUACUUCAAGCAAAUUAUGAAUCUGUAAAAGAACAGAUGAGUGCAGGUGCUAAAGGCAUGGAAGAAGCUGCUAUUCUGGAUGUAAUAGCCUUGGGUUACAUUGCUGUUGGAGAAUUGAAGUUUGUACGGUCUCUGCUCAAUGUGAUUAAUGAGGUUAUAGAUGAUCAAAAGGAUGAUGAACCCCUUCUGGACUCUAUACUUGUGCAUAUGGGAGGUAUGUAUUCAACUUUGGGGGAGUUUGAGAAAUCCUUGCUUGUCAAUCAAAGAGUUACGGAUAUUCUAGAGAACAAAUAUGGGAAAAAUAGUGUUGUUCUUGUCACACCAUUGUUGGGAAUGGCAAAAGUUCUUAGUUCUACUGGGAAAACUACAAAAGCAGUUGAUAUCUAUCAUCGUGUGAUACGCAUCUUGGAACUAAGUAGAGGUUCUGAAAGUGAGGAUCUGGUUGUACCUUUGUUUGGUCUUGGAAAUCUUUUAAUAAAGGAGGGCAGAGCUACAGGUGCAGAAAACCUUUUUAUUAGAAUUCUAAAUAUAUAUACAAAGUUAUAUGGGGAGAAUGAUGGAAGAGCUGCACUUGCUAUGUGUUCCCUAGCCCAUGCAAAGUGUGCAAAAGGGAAUGCAAAUGAAGCCAUUGAUUUAUACAAAAAAGCUCUCCAGAUUAUAAAAGAUUCAAGUUAUAUGCCUUCAGAUGAUAGCAUGAUGGAGAAUAUGCGGAUAGAUUUGGCAGAACUACUUCAUAUUGUGGGAAGAGGAAGAGAAGGUCGGGAGCUGCUGGAGGAAUGUUUAUUGAUCACUGAGAAGCUUAAAGGAAAAGACGACCCCAGCUUAGUUACACACUACCUAAAUCUUGCGGCAUCAUAUUCACAGUCAAAAGAUUUUGUAAUGGCUGAACGCUUGUUGAGAACAAGCUUGGAAAUCACAAAAAAGGCUGCAGGGCCUGACAAUCCAUCCAUCACUUUCCCAAUGCUGAAUCUUGCUGUCACUCUUUACCAUUUAAAGCAGGAUGAAGAAGCUGAACAAAUAACGCUUGAGGCUUUACACAUCCGCGAGAAGGCAUUUGGAAAAGAUUCUCUUCCUGUCGGGGAGGCAUUGGAUUGUUUGGUGUCGAUUCAGAGCAGACUAGGGAAGGGUGAGAUGGAGUUACUGGAGCACCUGAAAAGAGUUCUGAGGAUUCAAGAGAAAGAGUUGGGGUAUGAGAGUGAGGAGGUUAUAGCAACCCUGAAUAAGCUUGUAUUCUACUUGGAUAAAUUAGGGAAGAAGGAUGAGAAAUUUCCACUUGAAAAAAGGUUGUCCAGGCUUAGGAUGAAAUACAAACAAGUUGUUCAAUAUUAAUAGUUGUAUAUGACAUAUGGAUUUGUCAUUUCCCAGAAAGAAGAAAACGGCAUAUUCUUGCUCAAGUGUUUAAGUUGUUUCUAUAAUUGACCAAUUAUAUAUAUUUCUGUAUGAUAACUGACGGAGAAUAUGGUACUAAAUUUAAUGUUAGAGAAAUAAUAA